AUGACUAGCCGUCGUUGGUCUUGCCCUGGUUUCGCCACUUUUUUCUUGGACAAGUGUGACAGCAUACGCACGAAGUCCACUGGUGAUAUUUGCAUUGGAGGUCUCAUUACCUUAAUUGGUUUGGGUGUGGGCCUUCAAUUUCCUGAGUCCGAGUAUGUGCCCGUGGAUGACCCACCUCUCUACCUUUUCGACUGCUUCACUCUAGCCCGGAUGGAGUUGUUAGUGCCUAUUAACACUCAAGAGUUACAUGAUGAUGAUGCUGCAGAGGAUAAUGAUGAUAUGCAGGUUGAAAAUGCCAAUGUUGAUAGUCCAUUUGAGCCUGAAGACCAUUAUGAUCUCCCAACCCGACAAUUGCCACCACCACCAGUUUAUUGUCAGCCUUCGGGAGCACACUUUGAGCCACAACAUCAGUACCAGUCUUAUCCACAACACCACGAGCCCGAUCUCGAGCCCGAGUUCCCUCUUGAUAUCUACAGUCAGCUUGCUGCCUUGCGCCUCCAGGGAAACUGGAACACAACAUUCAUUUGGCGCUUCGAGGAGCAGUAA